AUGGCUUUGGUUCAAAAAUAUGGUAGGCCGGAUCUUUUUAUCACCAUGACCUGUAACCCCAAUUGGAAAGAAGUUAGAAAUGAACUACUCCCUGCAAAAAUGCCACAAGACCGUCCUGAUUUAGUCACAAGGGUAUUUCAUGCCAAGUUUGAGCAAUUAAAAGAAGACAUCAUCAACAAAGGGGUGCUGGGAAAAGUGGCUGCACAUGCUUUCAUUGUUGAAUUUCAAAAACGGGGCCUACCACAUGUUCAUAUGCUGAUUAUGUUAGAAGAAAAUGACAAGCUUAAUAACCCUGAUGAAUAUGAUCGCAUUGUUAGAGAUGAAAUACCAUAUGAGGACGAGGAGCCUCAACUUUAUGAUGCAGUGUGUACACAUAUGAUUCAUGGUCCAUGUGGAACUCUUAACCCAAGACAGUCAUGUAUGAAAAAUGGGAGUUGCAAUAAAGGCUACCCAAAACCAUUUGCAAAUUUCACUGUGCAAGGGAAUGAUGCAUAUCUUGUAUAUCAGAGACUAGUAAGUCGUUUACCGGUACCUUCGCGUAGACGAGGAGAUGUGAUGGUGGAUAACAGUUGGGUGGUUCCCUACAACCCAUGGUUGCUAUUACGGUAUAAUUGUCACAUCAAUGUUGAAAUAUGUGGGAGCAUAAAAAGUGUCAAGUACUUAUAUAAGUAUAUCUAUAAAGGUUCCGGCAGAGUGGCACUUGAGCUGCAAUCAAACCCAGAGUUUGAUUAA